CUAAGGAGCUGCGCCAUUCGCGUACGUCUUACGUUGUUUUCAUGGCGGAGCCGCAGUCGUGGCCGCUCACUGUAUGUAUUUAUCGUUAGAGAUUUACCUCUUGGCAGCAGGUGAGGUCAAAUGCAGAGGGAAGGAGCGGAAGAGCUUUGCUGACAGGUAGAAAAACAUUUUAGCUUUAAGCUAAAAAGGAACAAAUGGACGAGUAUAAAACGGCACUGACCGAGAGCCUCAUCAUAUGGCUGCAGACCUUCAACACUCCUGCACCCUGCAGAGUGGUGGAGGAACUGACCACUGGAGUGGCAAUAUCACAGGCACUGCAUCAAAUAGACCCAGCUUGGUUCACUGAUGGAUGGCUUGGUCGUAUCAAAACAGAUGUUGAAGAUAACUGGAGACUGAAGAUGAACAACCUGAAGAAGAUCCUUCAGAUGGUGGUUGAUUAUUAUAAUGAGGUCUUAGGCCAAGAAAUCUCAGACUUCCCCUUGCCAGAUCUAGCUCUGGCGGCAGAGCAUUCAGACCCAGUGGAACUGGGGCGGCUGCUGCAACUCAUACUGGGCUGUGCUGUCAGAUGUGAGCGGAAACAAGAAUACAUUCAGAUCAUCAUGACCUUGGAGGAGUCUGUGCAGCAUGUUGUCAUGACAGCCAUCCAGGAGCUCAUGAGUAAAGAGAUCAUGGCCCCGCUUGGAGCUGAACUGUCAGGGGACUUGGAACAGCAGCUGAAAAAAGCCCUAGAGGACCUCACUGAACUUCUAUCAGAGAAGGAAGCGUUAGCCCAACGCUGUCAAGAGCUGGAUAUACAGGUGGCUGUUCUUCAGGAGGAACGGAACAGCUUGUUGGCUGAGAAUGACGUCCUAACAGACCGAGCCAAUCAGCUGGACACAUUCGAUGACCCAAGCACACCCUCUGGGAAAAAACACAGCCAGUUGCAGCAGCAGUUAGAGGCGCUGCAGGAGGAGAACUUCAGGCUGGAGGCUGCUAAGGAUGACUACCGGAUCCACUGUGAAGAGCUGGAGAAGCAGCUGAUUGAAGUUCAGCACCGUAAUGACGAGCUCACCAGCCUGGCAGAAGAGUCUCGAGCUCUCAAAGAUGAACUGGACGUUCUGAGGAACUGCUCAGAUCGUGUGGUAAUGCUGGAGGCCUCAGUGGAAACAUACAAACGGAAACUGGAGAAUCUAGGUGAUCUGAAGAGGCAGAUGAAGCUGCUGGAGGAGAAUAACAUGACGUACAUGCAGAACACUGUUAGCUUGGAGGAGGAACUCCGCAAGGCCAACGCUGCCCGUGCACAGCUCGAGUCAUACAAGAGACAGGUCCAGGAGCUGCACAGGAAGUUGUCUGAGGAGACAAGGCGAGCAGACAACCUGGCUUUUGAGAUGAAGAAGUUAGAAGAAAAGCACGAGACUGUGAUGAAGGAGAAAGAGAGGAUCAUCAUGGAGAGAGAGUCUCUGAAGGAGAUCAACGAGGAGCUGCGAUGCACUCAGGCUCAGCAGCUCCAGCUCUCCCAAGCAGGGAUGCUUCCUUCUGGCAGCCCCAGCCAUGAUAACCUGGCAGCUGAAUUAAUACCCAUUGAAUACAGAGAAAAGUUCAUCAGGCUGCAGCAUGAGAACAAGAUGCUGAGAGUGCAGCAGGAGGAGUGUGAGAGGGAGAAGAUCGCUGCACUUCAGGCCCAGCUGGAGGAAGCACAUAAGACUCGCAGUGAAUUGGACACUGAGAACAGACUGAGUCGAGAGCGCAUCAUUGAGAUGCAGCAGCAGGUCGAGGACCUCCAGAAGGCUCUGCAGAGUCAGGCGGCCAAACCUGAUGAUUCAAACCUGAAGAGGAAACUUGAUGCGCACAUGGUCCAACUGAACGAGGCUCAGGAUGAAAUCAUGAAGAAGAAAGAGCUGCUGGAGGACCUUCAGCCCGAUAACACUCAAAAUUCCCUGAAGCUGGAUGAGUUGAUGGCUGCUCUGAAGAAGAAGGAUGAUGACAUGAGGGCCAUGGAAGAGAGGUACAAAAUGUACCUGGAGAAAGCUCGCAAUGUGAUCCGAGCGCUGGAUCCUAAGCUAAAUCCAGCCACCGCUGAGAUCCAGGCUCUGAAGAACCAGCUAGCAGAUCGGGACAAGCAGAUUGUAACUCUGGAGCGUCAAUGUGAGCAGGCCAGACUGAGAGAGUACGAGGAGAAGCUGAUCGUCACAGCGUGGUACAACAAGAGUCUAAACUUUCAGAAGUUGGCAAUUGAAUCACGUCUCGGUGGCUGCACCUCCUCCAUGGUGUCCCCCGGCCAGUCCUUCUUGUCCCAGCAGCGCCAAGUCUCAAACGCCCCACGCCGGGCGCUUUCCAUCAGCGUGCCUGCCACUACCUCCAAGUAGACCUUGACGUAGAGCCAAAUGUUUCAGCUUUAUUCAGUUAUGGGAAAAAUACCCUCCCUCACUCCCUCCCACCAGUGAGCACUUAAGUGACCUUAAACACAGCUGCUCUCAGCGCUUGGGGAGGGGUCAUGGAUGAGCUGACUGGGAUCGAUGAGCACUUACUUAUUAAACACAACCAUGUAGGCCACAUUCCUGAUGUUAUAGCAUACUGUCCCAUGUUACACUGGCCUUGUGGAACCACAACCUGUGUUCACCUCACUAGUUAAAGUAGCGCACACAGUCCCAACCAUAGAGAAGAGCAUAUUUCCCAUCUGCCCUCCUUGCUUUGCAGAUUCAGCUGAAUUCUUGUAAUAUAAUCAAUUUAUUCUUGACUCUCUUAUAUCCUGUCAUGCUGUGUACAUGAUCAGGAAACGAGAGGAACAUUAAUGAAUGCUUAUCUAUUUUAUUCAGAAUCGGAGCCCAUAAUAUAUAUGAUUGUGACUUUAAAAUGGGUUACUUGAAUGCUAAAGCCAACUAAAUGUAACUUCAGAUGGUUGUUGAUGUGUGGGAAACUGUACCAUCAUACUAUGCAGUUAAGGAGGUAUUAAUGUCAUUCAGCGGACUGAUGAAAAGACAAGCUUGCUUUAGAUGUCUUUGAGAAAAUUAUUGCUAUAUUUGGUGCUGGCCACCAACUGCUUUUAAGCAUUAAACAUCAGUCACAAUUAUUUUUUUUUACUGAAAUGGAACAAGCCCAUCAUGUAAAGCUGUGAAAAUCCUAUAAAUCAUAUUAAGUAAAAUCAACCUGAGGUGCUGCAACAACAAAUCCUACACAAGAUGUCCAGGACUAGUGUAUGUAUCGUGUAUUUUCUAUACUACUAAAGUGUGAUUCGACUUCCUUACUGGCAGCAUGCUUAAAAUGAAAACUGGCAGGCCUUUCUAUUCACCGAAUAUCUUAAAUCUUAUUUAGUAGUGUGUAAUCAAGUCUAUAAUCUAUAAAGUUGUACAGCUCUAGUGUAAACAUGAUUUUAACACCAGCUUCUGAUCCAAAUGUCAGAACCAGGUUAAGCUUUCGUACAGUAUCUGCAAAUUGUAACUUGAGAAUUUGAAUUACUGUAGUUGAUAUUGUAUUUAAUCACAGACAUGUUUUGAGGCUGUUUUAGUGUUGGUGGAAACUCAGCGAGGAGCGCU